GAGCGGAGGGUGGCGGUAAUGCGCCUCAUAUGCUGAAUAAUAUCUAAAAGAACAAGAACAGAUGAGCGGAUUGGUGGAAAGUUUGGCGGACUUUAUCCUCGCGGAGACAAGUUGUUGCGUCCGGUCUCGAGAGCACAGACGGUCCAGUGUCGCACGUGACCGCGGAGAGAGCCUCCACUCCACUGAUAUCCACUUUGUGUGACCAGAGAAACGGAGAAACCAUGUCUUUAACAAAUAGGCACAAUGUCGCCCUGAGCAAAGAAAUGUGGGAUUCGCACAACAAGAUGCUGCUGGAGCCGCUCUCCAUCGGCGACUCUGAGGUGUUCUCCAUCAUAAAAAAAGAGAAGCACAGGCAGACGUACGGUCUGGAGCUGAUAGCGUCAGAAAACUUUGCAAGCAGAGCUGUGCUAGAGGCGCUGGGUUCCUGCAUGAACAACAAAUACUCUGAGGGGUAUCCUGGUCAGAGGUACUACGGUGGUACGGAGCAUGUGGAUGAGCUGGAGAGGCUCUGUCAGAAGAGGGCACUAGAGACCUAUGGUCUGGACUCAGAGAAAUGGGCCGUCAACGUGCAGCCAUACUCAGGUUCACCUGCUAACUUUGCCGUCUACACGGCCGUCGUAGAGCCACAUGGCAGGAUCAUGGGGCUGGACCUUCCUGACGGAGGUCACCUGACACACGGCUUCAUGACAGAGAAGAAGAAAAUCUCCGCCACGUCCAUCUUCUUUGAGUCCAUGCCGUAUAAGGUGAAUCCAGAAACUGGCUACAUUGAGUAUGACAGACUGCAAGAAAACGCCCGGCUGUUCCACCCCAGACUCAUCAUUGCAGGUACGAGCUGCUAUUCCCGCAACCUUGACUACGGCCGCCUGAAGCAGAUCGCUGAUGAGAAUGGUGCAUACUUGAUGGGGGACAUGGCUCACAUCAGCGGAUUGGUGGCUGCUGGAGUGGUGCCCUCACCCUUUGAGUACUGUGACAUUGUAACCACGACAACACACAAGACGCUGCGUGGCUGCCGCGCUGGACUCAUCUUCUGCAGGAAAGGCGUGCGGAGGGUCGAUGCCAAGGGGAAGGAGACUCUAUACAACUUGGAGGCCUUGAUCAAUCAGGCUGUGUUUCCAGGGCUGCAGGGAGGACCACACAACCACGCUAUUGCAGGUGUUGCUGUAGCUCUCAAGCAAGCCAUGACGUCAGAGUUCAAGGCCUACCAGAUGCAGGUCCUUGCUAACUGCAAAUCUCUGUCCAACGCGCUCAUCGACCGCGGCUACAAGAUUGUCACUGGCGGCUCUGACAACCAUCUGAUCUUGCUUGACCUUCGCAGCAAAGGGACCGAUGGAGGACGAGCGGAGAAGGUUUUGGAAGCCUGUGCCAUUGCUUGUAAUAAGAACACCUGUCCAGGGGAUAAGAGUGCUCUGCGCCCCAGCGGUCUGAGGUUUGGCUCUCCAGCUCUGACCUCCAGAGGCAUGAUUGAGGACGAUUUCAAGAAGGUGGCCGAGUUCAUUCACAGAGGUAUUGAGCUGACCUUGGAGGUGCAGGGAAGCCUGGAUCCCAAGGCCACUCUGAAGGAGUUUGUUCAGGCGCUCGCCAAGGGAGAGAAGUUCCAGCAGCAGGUGUCAGAAAUCCGGGCCGAGGUCGAUGCUUUCGCCGGCCAGUUCCCCAUGCCGGGCCUACCUGAGCUGUAGAGGGCUGGACUGAUGAUGAUUAGAAAAAAACAUAAUGCCAAAUUUUGCUGGUGUGUUCAUUUUUCUGUAUAUUUGUUUUGAUUGUUAAUCCGUCACCGCUCAAAUCAAGAUACUCCCUCAUUACUUCACUGCAGUUCGGUUUUAGCUUGGAACCGAUUUUUCUUAAUAGAAAGAUAGAUUGGCAGACUGUAUUGUUCUCAAAUUAUCCAGUGCUCGUUUUUAGUUCUCCACUGUUGCUUUGGCCUCCAAAUGUUAUGAUCACAUUCAAGCUUUAAUCUCAAAACUAAUUUAUUGUAUAAAAUGUACAAUUCCAAAGUUUUUUUCCAUUGAACUGCAGAUUGAAGCACAACACAUGGAAAUUUCUUUCACACAUGAGUCUUAUACUGUAUGUAUACAAUACAAUACAAUUUGAAACAUAAAAAAACAAUUGUUGCAUUUAAUUAAAGGAUCCAUAAUAAAUGAAACGACAGAUAUUAUGUAUUGUCUUUAGAUUGAACUGAAAACUGGUGCAGAAUAAUGCACUAACUGUACAAAGCUUGUACUUUGAGCUAAAUGUUAACAUCGGCUCACAAUGACGGCGCUUUGCUUCUGUCACUCCGCUGCCUCCACCAGUAGCUAGUACUGCUACCUACAGCCACUGCGGUGUCCUGCCCCAUCCUCCAGCAAUAUUUUCUCUCAGCCGCUGUGAGAUUUAAACUCUGCCUCCACCUACAGCCUCUGCCAGCAAUUUACAUUGGCCGCCUACAUCGGCAGAUUCUGGCAGACAGCUGCAGCUUGAACCUCACCUACCGUCUCUUCCAGCAACCUGCAGCUGCCGCCUACAUCUGCAGAUUCUGGCAGACAGCUGCAGUUCGAACCUCCACCAACAGCCUCCUCCAGUAAUCUACAACCAUUUCCAACGACCUACGCCGACAGAUUCUGCAAGACAGUUUUCCCCCUGAGCCUCCACCUACAUCUUAAUCCAGCAAGCUCCACCUGCAAACAGCUGUCCCGUUACACUCCUUCUUUUACAGACAGCUGCAGCUCGACAUCUCAGCCUCUUCCAGCGACCUGCACCUCGGCCUCCAACAGCAGGGGCCAGAGAUGGACUUGUAUAUAUGACCUGACAGACCUGUCAGAUGACAUGCAAAAACAUUAGCAGUGUAACAAUAGCAUUACUGGGAUCAUAAAUUAAAGCUGCCGUUAUGUUUA